AUGGAAUUUGCUAAGCCUUUGCUAAGCCGGUCUCUCUAUGUGGCUCUGCCCCCGUUGUUGGAGUGCAACCCCUUCCAAAGUGAAGGCCGCGACGGUUGGCUCUCUUCGCCCCCGUUGCCCGAGGAAAUCCACAAAGUGGUGUCGAUUUACCAAGCCGCCCUAGAUCUUCUCCAUCAGUAUGACGUCCACCCUGAAGUCACCUCCCAGAUGUUCGCCUACCUCUUCUUCUUCUCCAACACCCUCCUCUUCAACCAGCUCAUGGAAAAAGGUUCCUCUCUGGGCUGUUUCCACUGGUCAAAAGGGGUCAGGAUAAGGGCCGCCGUGCGUCUCCUUCUGGAGUGGGCCCAGAGCGUGGGCCUGGGGCCUCUAGCAGACCAGUUCUUCGCCAAGCUCUGCAGCGUGGCCAGCCUGUUAGCCAUGCCCAAUUCUCAGCUGCUGCAGGUGAGUCUACAAGAGGCACCGGGGUGAGU